UUGCAAGUUGGGGUGGUGAUUUAUUGGACCGAGGAAUUUUGACCCUUUCGCUUGCGCCCAGAGACAAUCAUGAAGCUCAAGUGCAAUUUGCCCUUGAACGAGGCAUUCCAGCUAUUUUAGGGAUUAUAUCUACUCAACGACUCCCUUUUCCGUCAAAUUCUUUUGAUAUGGCUCACUGCUCCAGAUGUCUCAUCCCAUGGACAGAAUUUGAUGGGCUUUAUCUUUUAGAAAUACACAGAAUUCUCAGGCCUGGGGGAUUCUGGGUGCUCUCCGGUCCACCUGUUAAUUAUGAGAAUCGAUGGCGAGGAUGGGACACAACAGUAGAGGCGCAGAAAGCAGAUUUUGAUAGUUUAAAAAAGUUACUGACAAGCAUGUGCUUCAAAUUGUAUAAUAUGAAGGAUGAUAUUGCUGUCUGGAAAAAGUCUACAGAUGAUAGCUGCUACAACAAUCUAACUCCAUCUUCCUAUCCUCCUAAAUGUGAUGACAGUAGGGAUCCUGAUUCAGCGUGGUACAUUCCACUCCGGCCCUGCAUAACUAUCACAAAUCCAGAUUUGAAGAAAUUGAACCUGAAAACUACUCCAAAAUGGCCCGAGCGUUUAAAUGUGGCUACUGAUCGUGUUUCCUUGGUAUCAGGUGGAAAUAAUAUAUUUAAGCACGAUCAAUCAAAAUGGAAGGUUAGAAUGAAGCACUACCAAAAUUUGCUUCCAGCUCUUGGUAGUGAUAAAGUUAGAAAUGUUAUGGAUAUGAAUACACUUUUUGGAGGAUUUGCUGCUGCGCUCAUUAAGUCACCUUUAUGGGUAAUGAAUGUUGUGUCAUCCUAUGGUGCAAAUUCCCUUGGUGUUAUCUACGACAGGGGAUUGAUUGGUACAUACCAUGAUUGGUGUGAGCCUUUCUCAACAUACCCUCGAACAUAUGAUCUUUUGCAUCUCGAUGGCUUAUUUACUGCUGAAAGCCAUAGGUGUGAAAUGAAGUAUGUGCUUCUUGAGAUGGAUAGGAUACUUCGUCCUAGUGGUUAUGUUAUUAUUAGGGAAUCAGACUACUUUAUAGAUGCAAUUUCCACAAUUGCAAGAGGAAUGAAAUGGCGUUGUGAGACAAAAGACACCGAGUAUGGUGUGGAGAAAGAGAAGCUUUUGAUUUGCCAGAAGAAGCUCUGGUACUCAAAAAUUAGCCAGGAGUGAUAUAUAGGAAUAAGAUUUUGUGGUUUUACAGUUGCAUCUACAGAGAAGAAGCAAUAAUUAGAAAUUAGAUUUUAUUUUUUCAGCGAAGACGUUAAAAUUCAGGAUUUCUGAUUGUUUGCUUGGACUUGUUUCUUGAAUUUCAGCCAGAAAAGUCUGCUGCAUCUUUCAGGAAGCCGAGAGCAGGUAAACAGAAUAAGAAGAUCAUUAAUUAUGAUGUCUGGUUAUUCUUUAGUAUUGUCCAUGAUUAUAAACAUUUAGAUUUAUGAGACUGUUUAGCUCUACCAAAUUUAUACUGGAUAUAAUUAUUUUGGUCGAGUGGUUAAAAUCAGAACAAGGGAGAUAUUUGUACCGAAGCAAAGUAUAACAUUUAUACGUAUUGAUAUAUUAAUGCACUGAGAUUGAUGAAUUUGUGAAAACACUGUUCCUUGAAUUCAAGCGAAUUGUGUAUGUAAAUCGUUUGUACAAUCACUGGUUCAAUACGAAAUUAUUACUUUUCCCCC